UUAUUUUUUUAUUUUUCCCCUCAAAAAUCGAUUUGAAGGCAGAGGUUUGACUGUAAUAUUGUUUUCAGUAUGUCCCCUUCUUCGGUUUGACACUAUAUCAACUGAAGUCACUGAGAAAGAAGCUUUCACCAAGGAAGUCAUGGGCACAAGAGAACUGGAAGAAAGAGUUGAUGAUCAUGUCUCCAUUAGUAUUGUAGAAAAGUUUGCUAAUUUAUCUAAUCCAUCCUCUGAGUGUUGUAUCUUCAGAAUGUAUGAUCACUUACGAAAGGAAAAUGAGAAAGCUUAUGAACCGUCAAUAGUUGCUAUUGGUCCUUACCAUCAUGGUAAAGCUCACCUACAAGAAAUGGAACUUCACAAAUUACGGUACCUACGAAGGUUUCUGAGUCGAAGAAAUGAGACGAGUGUGAAUAGAUAUGUCAUGGCCAUAAGAGAAUUGGAAGAUAGAGCACGCAAAUGUUAUGCGGAAGAAACCAGUAUCCUUGGCCUUGGCGUUGACUCAGAUCAGUUUGUGGAAAUGAUGCUUCUUGACGGUUUCUUUAUCAUUGAGUUAUUUCGCACGUAUACGAUGUUCAUCAUGCUACGUGAAAAUCAACAAAUUUUCCAAUCAGUCCAGUCUGUAGAAGAACUGAGAGAUGAAAAUUACCAUAUUUUCCAAGCAUUCCAGAUUGUGCAACUACUGCUAGCUGAGAAUGACCAUAUUUUCAAAUCAGAUCAGAUUUUGGUUGCCAUAAGACGUGAUUUAAUUCUACUUGAAAAUCAACUUCCAUUCUUUAUCCUUAAUCGUUUGUUUGACAUGACUAAUAGCGAUUCAAACUUGGGAAUCAUUCAAAUAGCCUUAGAUUUUCAGAAACACUUAACACAACAGAAUAAAUUACAAGCUCCUAGUGGAAUCUCAAUCGACAACAUCAAACAUCUACUUGACCUACUACAUAAUUGUUGGUGCUCUAAGUUACCUGAGACGAAUAGAAAUGUAAUAAUGAGAGAGAAAUGGGAGUUCAUAAAUUCUGCAACAGAACUUCAGGAGGCUGGGGUUCAAUUCAAGAAGGCCGAGGGAAGCAACUUGUUUGAUAUAAAAUUCAUUAGUGGGACUUUAGAAAUUCCACUAUUAUCCAUCACAGACUAUACAGAGUCUUUCUUCACAAACCUAGUUGCAUUUGAGCUGUGUCCUUCAUAUCUUAAGCCAAAGUACGUUUGUGACUAUAUUGUCUUCAUGGAUCGCCUCAUCAAUUCCUCCAAGGAUGUUCGUUUACUUAAUCAUAGUGGAAUUAUUGAAAGUUGGGUGGGUGAUGAUGCAGAGGUUUACUCCAUGUUGCACAAGUUGUUCAACAUCACCGUAACAGAUCCAGGAUUUGGUUACUCUGAAGUUUUCAUUAAUGUAAACAACCAUUGUAAGCAACGCCGAAACGUGUGGAUGGCAAACUUAAAGCGGAAUUACUUCAACAGUCCAUGGGCAUUGAUUUCAUUUUUGGCUGCUACCAUACUACUGCUGCUUACCGUGACACAGACUAUCUUUUCCAUUCUUUCUUUUGGCAAAGGCAGCUUUUGAGUCCCUAUUAUUGUUUUCUUAAUUGUGUGUUAAAUUCAAAUGAGCAAAGAUGUUAUAUGUUAUUUGAUUUGUUUCAUCGUUUUGUGUCAUAUGAUACAUUGUCAUGUAAGAGGUGAUAAAUUAUUGUUUUCUUACUCGAGUGUGUUAAAUUUAAAUAAGCAAAGAUUCUAUACCUCAUUUGUU